AAAAGGAGAGGGGUCUUGGUGAAAAUAUUGUCAGUGACUUUAGAAGUGGGAAGAGAAUGAGAUAGGCCCUGGCAAGUGUAAAGGAAGAGGUGGCAUGAUAAAAAUAGCAUUUUCAUGUUUUCAAGCAAUGUCAGUGUACAUGGAAAAUGAAACUUGAUACAAAAUUCAAGACCAAAGUAAUUUAUGAAAAAAAAAGGAAGUUGAAUGAAAUUAUGUCCUAAUCUUCCCACUUCUCGGCCUUUUAGAUGUUUUCCAGUUUCCUCAUAUGUCGAAUUUAUUGCAUGGUAGACAUCAUGAAUGCUACAUUGUGUGUCUGGAUUUUGUUGUCUUUAAUAUUGAAAUUUGUUUUGGCAAGUGCUCUCAGUUUGGUAUUUUCAAAACUUGCUUUUAAGCUUUGUUAAGACACAUUUAAUCAAACCAGGCACCAAAAUGCUAACACUUUUUCCUGGAGAGAGAAAGUCUAAUUGUUGUCAAAGAAGGAUUCCAUCUGCAGGCAUUCGACAGACCAGCAUUGCUUCUUUCUUCACCUUACAGCCAGGAAUGACAAAUGGAGGUAACCAGAGAAGUGUUUCGUCUAAUAUAGAAAAUCAGAUGAACAAGAAGUCCAAGAAAGACGUAACUCAGCUAGACCAUUUGAUCCAGGAUUUGGGGGAUGAAUGCAUGGCACUCCCUUUGGCCACUUCAACCCCUGCAGGCAUUCAGGUAGCUGGACUUUCUCUUCAGCCUCUUCAGACUUCUGGCCACCGCAGUAUGGAAACCCCAUUUUUAACAACAAUGCUGUCUUUGCCCCAAGACACCCUGGUCUGUGCUGGAGAAAGUAAAGCCUUUACCCAGAACUUGGAAAGUGCUUGUUUAUUGGACCCAAAGAAGGGCAUGAGGGAGUCUCCCAGGAAAAGGAAAUGGCUUCAUGGAUAUAGGACAAAUUAUCAGGGUAAGGAAGGACACAUUAAACCACCCUGGGGUAAAUGCCAUCAGCCCCUGGACAAAGGUGAAUUGGAAAGGAAGAUAUCUGCCAAAGAAAACAGGCAGGCCCCCAUUUGCCUUCAAACUUACAGGGAAUCCUGGAGUGGAGAAAAUACAGAAUCAGUGAAACAAAGCCUCCGUCCUUUUUCUGUAUUUUCCUGGGAGAGUGAAAAAAAUGACAAGGACUCCUGGAGUCAACUUUUCACUGAAGAUUCUCAAGGCCAGCGGGUCAUUGCCCACAACACUAAAGCGCCUUUUCAAGAUGUAACUAACACCACGAAUCAGGAUUUAGGGCACAUUCUUGACAGCCCUCAGGCUCUGUGCCAGGAUCUGCCCAUUCAGUUACAUCUACAGCCCAACUUGCUCUUUACCCAGGACUCUGAAGGUAAUCAAGUUAUGAGGCACCAGUUGUAAACAUUUAUAUGAGGGUUUGGUU